CAGGGCCCCAAGACGGGCCAAGAGGACCCCAAAACGGCGGAAGAGGGUUUGUAGCCAUGCUGGUUCACGAGCGAAGGUGUGCGACGGGCCCAGAGGCGACCAUGGUGCAAAGCGUAGACGCCAGUCUGAAGACUGCGCAGAAACAUGCGGCGGCGGGGCGCCGGGCAGAAGCCCGCCGGGCCUACGAGGAAGCGUGGACCGUGGCGGUGGCUUCGCCGAAGGCAGACCCGCUCCUCGGUGCGGUGGCGGUCCUGGGCUACGCUGUCCUGGCGCUGCAGGAUCGCGCCUGGCCGGAGCCCGUCCUCGGCCGAGAGCUCGACGAGCUUCUGCUAGCGGCGCUGGAGGCCGCACAGGGGGCCAAGCAGCGCAGUCGUACGCUGGAGGGCCAGCUCGUCUUAUUGAGGAGCCAGGCGCUUUUUGCGAAGCCGAAGGAAGACGUCGCUUGCCUCGAUCAGGCGAUCGAGGCGAGGCACGCAUCCCAGGCCUUGUUGCAGGAGGGGGCUGUGGAGGACCUUCCCUGGAAGGCGGCAGAUGCCGAAGCCUUGCUCAAAGAGUUGGAAGCGUCGCAUGACCGCGGCGGAGCCGAGGCGAAGGCGUUAGGCCGGGGCGAACUCUUGGAGGGCUUGCGCCGUCUCGGCGGCGACGAUGUGGCGGACGGCGUGUCUACGCUCUUCGAUGCCUGGUCGACUCCUGGCAGUGGCCCCGAGGGUUCCCCUGUCCUGGCCCUGACCGACUUCCUGCAGAGGUUCGUGGAGCUUGCCAGGCGUCUUGACCGGCCGCAGGACGCGCAGCCGUGCAGGGCCCCUUGCGAGGGCGGGCUUCCCGAGACGGCCUCGGAGCUCGAGAGGGAGCUGGUGGCCCUCGUGUCGCGAGAGGGCGCCGGCGGCUGGAGCGCCAAGGCCUCCGAGCUGCAGGCCCGGGGCUUCGCGGCGGCCGGGGCUGGGGCUUUGCAGGAGCUCUGGGUGUCGUUGGCACCGCAGCUGCGAGAGGCCGUGGAGACGGAUGCAGCAAUGGCCUGCGGCCACAGCUGCAGCACCUGCCCGACUCGGCACGACUGCCAGCUUCACGGAGCGCUGAAGGACAUCGAGGACAUGUGAGCAUGUCGCACGGUUUGGGUGGUCGGCCUGACCGACGAGGACGCAUCCCAGCAUGCCACCGCAGUGUAGUCGAAUCGUUUUUUUGUUGAGAUGAUGUAGAGGUGUAGUCUGCCAGCGAUGUCUGCGCCAUUUUGGAAGGUGGACCCUCGAUCUGACCACUAGCCUCGGUAACCCUCCAGAACUUGGCAGAGUCGUGUCAAUUGUGCAUGUGCAGAAUUCGGUCUGGCAUGGCCAGGUUGGAGGCCGGCCUUGCGACCUUGUUGUUCGACCAAUUCAUUUACCUUGGUGUCGACAUUCCCAAAGGGUUUUAAGCAAAUCGGCAGAGUAAGUUGCCGUGGCAAGAGCCCAAGAGCCCAGCGCAAAAAAAUAUAAAAACGGC